GGUUGAAAUUUUAGGGGCCUAACCUGCAAACAAACCCAAAUCCCAUCACUUUUUAAACCCCUCGCUCCUCCAAAUCGAUAGCGCUCUCUCUCUCUCUCUACUUCAGUGAUGAUGCUGGGUUUGAGGAAAGCCUUAGCUCGAAAAUUAGGAAGAAAGAGAAAUCCUAAUAAUCCCCUCUUCUCUCUCCUCUCUUCUUUCAGCACUGAUGAUGGCGAUGAAUUCCAAAGCUCUCGACUCAAAGUCUUCGAUCGAGAUCUCAAGAGGAAACAGAGGGAUCGAGCUGCGUGGUUGAUGAGGGGCAAGGAUCAGUUCGUCGACUCCGUUGCUGAGAAUCUCCUAGAUCGCCUAGAGGAUUGCAAAAGAACAUUUCCUACAGCACUAUGUCUAGGAGGUUCCUCAGAGGCUGUCAGGCGCCUACUACGAGGGCGUGGUGGUAUAGAAAAGCUUAUCAUGAUGGAUAUAUCAGUUGACAUGGUUAAGCAUUUAAAGCAUACAGAUUCCUCUAGUGGAAACCUAGAGACUUCAUAUUUAGUUGGAGAUGAAGAAUUUCUUCCUUUGAAAGAAAGCUCUUUGGAAUUGGUAAUCAGUUGUUUGGGGCUUCAUUGGACAAAUGAUCUUCCUGGUGCCAUGAUACAGAGUCGGUUGGCAUUGAAGCCUGAUGGUCUGUUUCUCGCUGCUAUCCUUGGCGGAGAAACUCUGAAAGAACUAAGGAUAGCAUGCACUAUUGCUCAUAUGGAACGUGAAGGAGGCAUCAGUCCUCGAAUAUCUCCUCUGGCACAAGUUCGUGAUGCGGGGAAUCUUCUGAUAAGGGCAGGCUUCAGUCUUCCUGGUGUUGAUGUUGAUGAAUAUACUGUCAGAUAUAAUAGUGCUUUGGAGCUGAUAGAACAUUUGCGGUCUAUGGGUGAGACCAAUGCCCUUCUUCAAAGGAGUAAUAUCCUGAAGAGGGAGACAGCUUUAGCUACUGCUGCAAUCUAUGACUCUAUGUUUGCAGCAGAGGAUGGAACCAUACCAGCAACUUUUCAGGUCAUAUACAUGACAGGUUGGAAAGAACAUCCUUCACAACAGAAGGCUAAGAGGAGAGGAUCUGCCACUGUUUCAUUCCAGGACAUCCAGAAGCAAUUUGGUAGCAGCAGCUGAUGCA